GGCCGCGGCUUUCCCUCUUAAAGCAGCGCGAGCGCGAGCCGCCGGCCGGGCGGACGGGGUGGAAGCAGCGCGGGUUGAACCAAGAGAAGAAACUCAAAAGUGUCCCAGUUAAAAUCAAAGGCCUGUGCAUUCUCUUGUUGGCUUCCAAAGAUUACUAACUUUUAUCUGUAACUUUAAAAUUGAGCUGCCUUGGCUGUCCUGCUACUCUUGUUGCUCCUUCCAUUGUUGCCUUGAGAAAAGUAAGCACCCAAAGACUAUCAAGAACUUUCAGACCUUCUUGAACAGUUCUUCCCGCUAUGAAACCCAAGCUAGAUGUGGUUAGCAUUAUUUUGCUCCCUGUCCACUUGUUAAUAUCCAUAUACAGCACCCUCGUAUUUAUUCCCUGGUAUUUUCUUACCAAUGCCAAGAAGAAAAGCACUAUGGCCAAACGACUAAAAGCUAAGCCCAUCUCGGACCAACCCGGAAGUCCAUAUCGCUCAGUCACCCACUUCGAGUCUCUAGCGGUCAUCGACAUCCCAGGAGCCGACACUUUGGACAAACUGUUCGAUCACGCAGUAUCCAAGUUUGGGGAAAAGGAUUGCCUUGGGACCAGGGAGCUGUUGAGCGAAGAGAAUGAAACGCAGCCCAACGGAAAAGUUUUUAAAAAGCUGAUCUUAGGAAACUAUAAAUGGAUGAACUACGUUGAAGUGAACAACAGAGUGAAUAACUUUGGUAGUGGACUUACAGCAUUAGGACUGAGACCAAAGAGCACUAUUGCUAUUUUCUGUGAAACCAGGGCGGAGUGGAUGAUCACAGCGCAGACCUGUUUUAAAUACAACUUUCCUCUUGUGACUUUGUAUGCCACCCUUGGUGAGGAGGCAGUGAUCCAUGGAUUGAAUGAAUCUGAGGCAUCCUACCUAAUUACCAGCGUUGAACUUCUAGAAAGUAAACUUAAGACUGCACUGUUGGAGAUCAGCAGUGUUAAGCAUAUCAUAUAUGUGGAUAACAAGACUAUCAACAAAUCAGAAUAUCCGAAAGGAUUCGAGAUUCAUAGCAUGCAAGCGGUGGAGGAGUUGGGAGCCCAGCCGGAAAACUCAAGUAUUCUUCCAAAUAGGCCUAUUCCCUCAGACAUGGCUGUAGUAAUGUAUACCAGUGGCUCAACUGGCCGCCCCAAAGGAGUGAUGAUGCAUCAUUGCAAUCUGAUAGCUGGAAUGACAGGCCAGUGUGAAAGGAUACCUGGCCUGGGGCCAAAGGAUACGUAUAUUGGUUAUUUGCCGUUGGCUCACGUCCUGGAAUUGACAGCGGAAAUAUCGUGCUUUACUUACGGCUGUAGGAUUGGAUAUUCUUCUCCACUCACCCUGUCUGACCAGUCCAGUAAAAUUAAAAAAGGAAGCAAAGGAGAUUGCAGCGUACUCAAACCUACACUUAUGGCAGCUGUACCUGAAAUCAUGGACAGAAUUUAUAAAACCGUUAUGAGUAAAGUCCAAGAGAUGAACUAUUUUCAGAAGACUCUGUUCAAGAUAGGCUACGACUAUAAACUGGAACAGAUCAAAAAAGGUUAUGAUGCACCUCUGUGUAAUCUGCUUCUAUUUAAAAAGGUUAAAGCAUUGUUAGGUGGGAACAUACGUAUGAUGCUGUCCGGAGGAGCCCCUCUUUCACCUCAAACCCACAGAUUUAUGAACGUCUGCUUCUGCUGCCCAAUUAGCCAGGGAUAUGGAUUAACAGAAUCAUGCGGUGCAGGAACAGUUACUGAAGUUACCGAUUAUAGCACUGGCAGAGUUGGAGCCCCUCUCAUAUGCUGUGAGAUUAAACUAAGAGACUGGCAAGAAGGAGGCUACACAACUCAAGACAAGCCAAAUCCCAGGGGUGAAAUUAUAAUCGGAGGGCAGAAUAUCUCCAUGGGCUAUUUUAAAAAUGAAGAGAAGACAGCAGAGGAUUACUUUGUGGAUGAAAAUGGGCAGAGGUGGUUUUGUACUGGAGAUAUUGGUGAAUUUCAUCCUGAUGGGUGUUUGCAAAUCAUAGAUCGGAAGAAAGAUUUAGUGAAGCUGCAAGCGGGAGAAUACGUAUCGCUUGGCAAAGUGGAGUCGGCCUUGAAGAACUGUCCACUUAUUGACAAUAUCUGUGCUUUUGCCAAAAGUGACCAGUCUUACGUGAUCAGUUUUGUGGUUCCGAAUAAAAAAAAACUGACGUUAUUAGCUCAGCAGAGGGGAGUCGAGGGAUCCUGGGUGGAUAUCUGUAACAACCCUACCAUGGAAGCAGAAAUACUGAAGGAGAUCAAAGAGGCCGCAAACACAAUGAAGUUGGAGCGAUUUGAAAUCCCAAUCAAGGUACGGUUGAGCCCUGAACCCUGGACCCCAGAAACCGGCUUAGUAACCGACGCUUUCAAAUUGAAAAGGAAAGAACUGAAAAUUCAUUACCUCAACGACAUCGAGAGAAUGUAUGGGGGCAAGUAAUGCUUUGGUGAGAAAGCUGGGCAUGAGGGGCCCCGGUCAGCCGUCAUUUCUAACGUUCGAAGCCUCCUAGGUGGAGAACAUCCUGCAAUAUAGGUCUGAAGACUCGUAAGAUAGCAAAACUGAAAACAAAACUUGAUUAAAAUAGCUGUUGGAACGCCUUUCAACUUUGUGGUCUCGCAUUGUUCAAGUGAAGCUGAAAUUGGAAAAAAUAUUUUCUUCUGAAUCCUGUAUUGAACUCAAAGUCCUCCUCCCACCCCACAUGUGAGUUAGAACAAAAAUAGCAUUUUCCCUUUUGGUGUCUGUGGGUCCCUAAGAGGGGAAAAAAUGUAAUGGCAAAUGGAGGUGUGAGGCAUUUCAGGGUGUAUGCAGCUUCAAGAAGGGGAUUCCAAAACCAAGUAUCAAGCAUGUUCCUGCUUCACAAGACACUCGGCCACGUUUAGCAUUUGCCAGUCCACCGUCACCAAAUAAACCGAAUCCGGGGGUUUCCAGAGUUCUCUUUCAAGUAUUUAUUUUGGCGGGCAAAAUCACUGUUAUUUAGGAAUAUAGCCUGCAAAUUCAAAUGAAUUUCCUUUAUUCUUAGAAGCAGAAUGGAUGUGUAGAGCUAGGCCAGGGAUUGGAUCCUCUGCCUUAGCGCAGGCCUGUGUCUAUUAGCAGUCCCUAAAAGGGAAUAUUUUCUAAACCUGCUGAAUUUGCCCGGGAGAGCCAAAACGCUUUAUUGAAACUGCAAUCCCAAAUGAAUACCUUUGAUUUUUUUUGUAGCCUUAAAUGACAAGAACAUUUGUAAAGGUUCCCUAGCCCAUCAGGAUAAGUUUUCACUUUACAACCUGAGAUCAAAAUUGAAAUGAUCCUCCUCUAGAUUCUCAGCUCACUGAGGGCAGGGAACGUGUCUGUCAAUUCUCUCUCACUCUCCCAAGUGCUUAGUAUAGUGCUGUGCACAUGGUAAGCUCUGAAUAUACACCAUUGAUUGGUACAACCAAAAAUUGGAGUAAGGAGUUGUUUCCCCACCCCUUCCUCUUUUCCCCUCUCCUACCAGAGUUGGUAUCAUCACAUGCAUCUUAAAAAGAAGUUUGGAAAGAGAAAUGAACCUUUCAUUUGUCUCGGCAAACAAGUAAAUGGAGGAUUUGAUUUUUAAAAUAUAGCCAUUUUAAAAUAUAUUUAUUCUUGGCCGAAUUUGAAUGGCUAUUUCGUAUUGCCGAUUGGGGUUCUUAAUCUCUUGCAUUUUAGAAAGCAUUCCAGUUCACCUAAUUCCACUAAAGCAGGUUACAGUGAACAACCUUCCCAGUACCUUGUCUUUUUAAUUUUAUAUUUUUAAUCUACAGGUUUUGGCUAGGUUGUAGAAGUUGGUUUUUCCAGGGGAAGGCCUUGCUGUCGUGAAAGCUCUUUUCCUGUUAUGCAACUGUUCGAAACUGGAAAUUCUACACAUGUCGGGUGGGAGGUGGGGGGGGGGGGGGUCUGAUCAGGGGGCUUGAUUUGUGUGCAGUAAUUUGUAAUGUAUAUUUUUAAAAUCUGUAGUUAAAACUACAGGCUAGCUGUUCACAAGGGAACCGUGAUGACUGUAAAGAGUGAAAAAUGCUUAAUACCAUUCUACUUUGCACUUUUCUUAAUCAUUUGAUAGGUGUGUUUGCUUCAAUUGCUUUGUACAGCUCUGGGCCUCCCUUGCAGGAGACUAGACUUUCCUUGCUCUGAAAUAUUUAUGAAGAAAAAAUAGAUUAUUCUAUUCAUUAAUAUUUAAAUGUUAUGUAUAUGAUGGUUAAAAAGGAAAACAAUCGGGUAUUGUCAUUGUCAACAGGAAUGAAGGUUUUUGUAAAGAUUAUCUGUGCAGUAUUCAGCAGGGUAAAAUUCUAGGCAAGUUUUUCCUGCGUGUGUGUGCUGUGUGUGUGUAGACAGUCUCCCCCCCCCCCCCCAACUUAUAAUCUUCCCUCCCUUUAACCGUCUCCUAAGUAUGAAAAUAAACCAUCAUUAACAAGUGGACAGAUAGCCAAUCUUGACCGUAAAACAUGGGCAAAUGCUUGCUUUUCCUCAAGGGACCAUUUUCUUAACCUUUUGAAGAUGUGAUUUCUUUUUGUUAUUUUGGAAGGCAAGCUUUCGGCAAACACUACACACAUGCGUGGGUAUGCACAUGAAUGUGUAUGUGUUGGUGAACACGUUUUAUUUUCCAUCUGUUUCUUUCUGUUUUUAUUUUGGAUCUCUCCUCCUCCUUGCCUUCCUUAAUGCUAACACACUGCCAACUGCUAUUGUGUAAAAGCUCCGGAAAAGUGAAUACAAAAAACACUGGCUGCGGGCUGCUAGUUUUCUGAAAAUCCAGAUAGCAUUAAGGGACCAAAAGAUGCCACUGCCCCUCUCUUUCCUUUUCUAGAUCCAUCCACCUGUUUACAUACCUGGGGACUCUCUUUUUCCACUUAUUAGUGACUUUUUAAAUGAUUGGAUCUCUUGGCAUUUGGGUCCUGAUGUUUUCCUCCUUGUUAAAACUACUCACUGUUCAGUGUUUUUUCAGACCAUGUCUACCAUCACAGAUGCUAUAAUUUUUAAAAAAUGUACUGUGGCUUAGUCUCCUCUUUCAAUUUCUUACACUGUAUACCGGAAUUGUAUCCCCUUGGCUCCUUUAACCCCUUGAUAGUAUUAAAUCUUUUUUUUUUUUUGUCUGUGGAAUUAAAACAAGAUCUCCACUGUACAUGGAAGUAUGACUGCAUGUUAUAGGUAUGAUCUGUCAGAGCUGAACUAGAGUUGAAUGGUUGAAGAACUGCUUGAGAGAGUAAAGGGUCUUUCCACCACUUGCAGAAUGUUUUUUUGAUCACAGAUAGGACACUUUGCCUCUAUUUUCUUGGUAGUGCGUGUAAAGUGUUGCUGAAUAAAUAAAAUGGGAACAGGGAAAGGA